GCGGCCCGGAGGGAGGGAAAGAAAAGAAGGGGAUGCGGGUUUAGGAUGUUGCUAUUGGACAGUUCAGUUAGCAGGACUGGAGCAAUCUGCCUAGUAGUAAAGGAUCAGUGGAAGUACAACGCAAAAUUAGCGCAAUCGAGGAUUAUUAUUUUGCGCGCGUGCGCCACGUGGAUAAUGAGUGUCGAUAUAAUUACACAAGACUGUUGUUGUGUCAAACUCGAAGAUAGCGCACUGUUUAAAAUGACAGUGCCAUGCACUACCCGGUGAACAUCUACCACCUACACAGAGGUCUCUCAGCCUCCUGAACGCCUCCUCUCUGGCAUCAGAGGAUGCUGGGAAUGUGUCGUGGGCGCAGGAAGUUCCUGGCUGCAUCCAUUGCCUUGCUUUUUAUUCCAGCACUCACCUGGCUAUAUCUGUCUGCUGCAAACGUCACAGUGAAGCCGCUGCCUCUCUCUCCACUGGAUCCUCAGUCCUCCACACUGGCCCUGGAGCUACGAGUUCGAGAGGUAGAGGAGGAAAACCGAGCGCUCAGAAGAGAGAUUAGCCAGCUGCCCAGGAGUCCUACCCACGGCAACCAGCAUUCCCAGCACCACAUCAGCGGGCACCAUGGCAACCAGUCCCAGCUUCACUCCACUGAAGAGGGUACAGGUGAUAGUGAAGCUCAGAAAGCGCUCUCCAAAUCCAACGGCUCCAGCUGUGUCCAGCAACCGGCUGUAGACAAAUGUGAGACCAUUCAUGUUGCCAUCGUGUGCGCGGGGUACAACGCGAGCCGAGACGUGGUGACGCUGGUCAAGUCUGUGCUUUUUCAUCGACGGAACCCUCUUCACUUCCACUUCAUCACAGACUCUAUCGCCAAGCAGAUCCUGGCCUCCCUCUUCCACACUUGGAUGGUGCCAGCUGUCCGUGUGGACUUUUACGAUGCUGACGAAUUGAAGUCUGAGGUGUCGUGGAUUCCAAACAAACAUUACUCAGGUAUCUAUGGACUGAUGAAGCUGGUUCUGACUAAGACUCUGCCAUCAGACCUACAAAAAGUCAUCGUUCUUGAUACUGACAUCACCUUCGCCACAGACAUCGCUGAGCUGUGGGCUGUCUUUCACAAAUUCAGAGGUCAGCAGGUGCUUGGUCUGGUGGAGAAUCAGAGUGACUGGUAUUUGGGGAACCUGUGGAAGAACCAUCGACCUUGGCCAGCUCUAGGCCGAGGCUUCAACACUGGUGUAAUUCUCCUGCUGUUGGAUCGUUUGAGGAAGCUCAGAUGGGAGCAGAUGUGGAGACUGACAGCAGAGAGAGAGCUGAUGAGCAUGCUGUCUACAUCACUAGCAGAUCAGGACAUCUUUAACGCUGUGAUCAAACAGAACCCCUUCCUGGUGCACCAGCUGCCCUGCUUCUGGAAUGUCCAGCUGUCUGAUCACACACGCUCUGAGAAGUGCUACAGAGAUGUGUCCGACCUCAAGGUGAUCCACUGGAACUCUCCUAAGAAGCUGCGGGUGAAGAACAAGCAUGUGGAGUUUUUCAGGAACCUUUAUCUGACCUUUCUGGAGUACGACGGCAACCUGCUGAGGAGGGAGUUAUUCGGCUGUCCGAGUGAAACCGACCACAAUAGUGAGAAUCUCCAGAAGACUCUACUGGAGCUUGAUGAGGAUGACCCAUGUUAUGAGUUCCGGAGAGAGCGCUUCACUGUGCAUCGCACACACCUCUACUUCCUGCACUACGAGUACGAGGCCAGUGCAGACCAGACUGAUGUUACGCUCGUGGCCCAGCUCUCCAUGGACAGGCUGCAGAUGCUAGAGGCCAUCUGUAAACACUGGGAAGGACCCAUCAGUCUGGCUCUCUACCUGUCUGAUGCUGAGGCACAGCAAUUCCUGCGUUAUGCCCAGGGUUCUGAGGUACUCAUGAGCAGAAGCAAUGUGGGAUACCAUAUCGUCUACAAAGAGGGUCAGUUCUACCCUGUCAACCUGUUGCGCAAUGUUGCCAUGAAACAAGUCAGCACACCUUAUAUGUUCCUGUCUGACAUCGACUUCCUGCCCAUGUACGGACUCUACGAAUACCUCAGGAGAUCUGUAGUACAGCUGGACAUGGCUCACACUAAAAAAGCUCUGGUGGUGCCUGCAUUUGAGACACUGCGAUACCGGCUGUCCUUUCCCAAAUCCAAGGCUGAGCUUCUGUCCCAGCUGGACAUGGGCACCCUCUUUACCUUCAGGUACCAUGUAUGGACAAAGGGUCAUGCUCCAACCAACUUCGCAAAAUGGCGCACAGCCACAACGCCGUACAGAGUGCAGUGGGAAUCUGACUUUGAGCCGUAUGUGAUGGUGAGGAGGGACAGUCCAGAAUAUGACCGCAGAUUUGUGGGAUUCGGCUGGAACAAAGUGGCUCACAUUAUGGAGUUAGAUGCACAGGAAUACGAGUUUGUGGUUCUACCUAAUGCCUACAUGAUCCACAUGCCUCACGCACCGAGCUUCGACAUCACCAAGUUCCGCUCCAAUAAACAGUACCGUGUUUGUCUCAAGACUCUUAAAGAGGAGUUUCAGCAGAACAUGUCCCGCCGUUACGGAUUCGCUGCACUUAAAUACAUGACAGCGGACAACAACAGCUAGCAACGUCACCUUCAUAUUUCUCACUUUUCAGGUGGUAUAAUUAGAUAUCACAUAGGAAAGCAGGGCGGUCGGUCGGUAACGGACCCAACAGCGUGAUAACGGACACUCGGCGUAAGUCAGAGCAGUGUGUUCUUCCAUUCUAUCAUUCAGGAUGAUGUCUUGAUGACCAUUUAGUCACUGCUUUGGAAACAGCGGUAGUGCAGUGUGUCAUCUGUUGGAUGUCAUGCUGUUGUUCCGAAUGAAUUCAAUCCACCAGAUUCCCUGACUGACCUCCUGUAUGAACUGGAAUUGAGAUUUUAUAAACCAUUGGAUGAGCAGAAAAAUUGUACCAGGCUGAUUUGUGUUCCAGUGAGCAGUCAGUACUGAAUAUGAGCAGAGGAAAUGCCACUGCUGAAAAAUAGCAGUGGUUUAAUGGACUCCCUCUACUUAUUGCCUAGAAGCUGAAUUUAGCUUGUUUGUGUGCUUUCAGUCAUAGGGCAAUGUUUAGCAGUACUGGAUCUCAGUCUAAUAACACACUAGCUUUCAGUCUAAGUAACACAGAGACUUAGAAAGGGAUCCCCAGUCAUUUUUGUCAAGAAAGUGAUCACUGGAGAAAUUAGGUUGUUCAAGUAUUAAUAAUAUGAUGUUUACAUAUUUUACAGAAUAUAACGUAGUGUUGGAGAGAAAAGAAUAGCUGAGAUGUCUUAGAUUUCAUAGCACCUUUGUAGAAUCACGUUUCCUAUUAGAGCUCAAGAGGGCUAAAGAUUGCAAUCCUGACACAGAUGAAAGCCCCAAAUAACCCAUGUGUUUUUUCAGCAUUUAAAUAUGUUUUCAUAUUUCUGUGCUCAUUGUGAUUUUAAUGUUUUACUGCCAUUUGUUCUUCAUACGUAUUACACAUAUAUUUCUUGCAGCUAAUAGAAAUGCACUAACUCGUGCGUUAAACAUAGAAGGUUUGUAAACUUAGGUUUAAGUUUUACAUGUAGACCAAAGGCCACUGUGUAUAUGAUGUACAAUAAUUGUGAACCAUGUUCCAAGGUUAGAUUCAACUUUUUCCUGUAAACCUAAAUUUAAGGUCUGGGUAAAUCUCUGGAUAUGGAAAUUCCUUCAUUAUGUCGCUUUGUAGAAGCCAACAUUCUGUUUUCCUAUUUAAGCUUAGACAAAAAUGUAUCAAGAGUAACUCCUCCUAGGGCUUUCGAGCCACAUGCACCAAAUUCGGAUAUGUUGUAGAACCUGGUCUGAAGUUUGUUGCUAUUACUUUUCGUCACGUGACGUGACGUGAUGUCACGUGAAAAUCAAAAAUUUGCACAACAUGAACAUGUGACAUAUCAAAACACUCAGCCCAAUGAGGGGACCUUCCUCAGGAGUAUUCGGAUGACGUCACAUGCUCGUCUCCACUUGUCUCCAAAUGUUUUGGCACCCUAUCUUUCUGUCCACUUGCCUCCAUAAGUAACACUGACCUUUAUGUUCACUCGCCUCCAAAAAGCACCGGCCUUUGCAAAUACUUGCCUCGUCAAUGCCAACAUCAAAGUUUGUCACGACGAACUUUACAAAUCUAGUUUGUGUUGUGUUUGAAUGAAACAAACCCAAUUCACACAACCAGAAAUCUCAAAAAAUGAGAAUAAUGAUGGGAUUGACCAAGAACAUGGAGGAUUAUAUUAACAUCAGACAGUAGCUGCUUUUAGUGAGCUGGUGAUGGCUCUUAUUGGUUUACAGUUCAUUUGUAUAUAUGUAGUGGAAAAAAACAGGGAAAUGUUUCAACAUGACUGAAUGUGAAUCUGCUGCUCAGGCUAAUGGAAGACAUUUCUGCUAACUGGUGUAGGAGAGGAAAUCAAAAAAGGAGACAAACUCCAAAUUCCUUUAGAAUUACCAUUAACAUUAGUACAUUUGUAGAGUGAUUUUUUUAUCUUUCACUAUAUGCCUGUUUCAUGUCUUUUAUUUUAGGUCAACAUUUUCAGACUGUUUUGUUUUGGGGAGAAAUUUUUUGUUUGUUUUUUUGGAAAGAAAAUGUUGGUGCAUCCCUAAUCUAUAGAGUUAACUGAGGUUAAUGUUUGCUAGGUCAAGUUGCACUUUGUAAAGUCUUUGACACAAAGCGACAAUGCCAUGUCAAGAUGAGAUGAAUGCAGAACCUUCGUCAUCUUCCUUUUUUCGUUUGGCGGGUCUGCUGGGAGGGGGGAAUUUUCUUUGGCACGGUUUUGAGUGCUAAGUUUUACAAGUAUACUCUGCAGAGCUCCUACACUAAUGUGUAAAAGUUGGCAGGUCUGAGAUUCUAGCAUGGCUGCUGGAAAAUGUAAUCUAAUAUACUGUUUACUUCAGUUUUCAAUGUGUCCAGACUGUGUGUGUGUGUGUGUGUGUGUGUGUGUGUGUGUGUGUGUGUGUGUGUGUGUGUGUGUGUGUGUGUGUGUGUGUGUGUGUGUGUGUGUGUGUCUGUCUGUCUGUCUGUCUGUUUGUCUGUGUGUGUGGGGGGGUGAGAGAGAGAGAGAGAGAGAGACUAAAGUCUAAAUGUCCAAGACUGGGAGAUUUUCUGCUACUUGAAUAAAAAAAUAUUGUGCAAAACGUU